AUGGCCACAGUAAAUUUCCAGACAGAUGCCCUUACUCGCCUAUGCGACAAGAACCGACUAGAACUUCUCAAUACAAUAGACAAUCUACGUCUCCAUGGCAUGCAGCAUCUUAUAUCCAUGCCGCGGAUUAUCGUAUGCGGUGGCCAAUCCUCCGGUAAGAGCUCAAUUCUAGAAGCUAUCUCCGGCAUCCCAUUUCCGAUUAAGGGCGGUGGACCAUGUACUCGUUUCCCCAUUGAGGUUGUUCUUUGCAAUACAUCACAGACUGGGGUUCAUGUCUCAAUUGUGCCGGAUGAAUCUCGGAGUAAGGCAGAGAUACUCUCGUUAAGGGACUUUUCCGAAACACUAGAGGGUUUUGAUGAAAUUCCUGCAGUUGUUAAAGAAGCUGGAAUUGUCAUGCAAAAGUCAACGUCUCGAAGGCAAGAAAAUGCUUACUUCAAAGAUGUAUUGAGGAUUCAGAUCGCCGGUCCAGAUCAGCCUCAUCUUAUCAUCAUCGAUUUACCUGGAUUACCUCGGUCAUUUUCAGAUCAGCAAGUUACUAAAGAUGCUCAACUGGUACAUGAUAUUGUUAAAUCCUACAUUGCCAAGCCAGAAACUAUCAUUCUUGCUGUCAUUUCCGCAGAGGACAGCUAUACCAACCAGCCUAUUCUGAACAUGGUCCGCGGUGUUGAUCAGAAUGGUUCUCGAACGUUAGGCAUUAUCACGAAGCCUGACACCCUCAUCCGUGGCUCCCAGAGGGAAGCAAGUUACGUUUCUCUCGUGCAAGAUUAA